AUGGACAUCUGGAGAUCAUGGCUAGAGAUUUCAGUUGUAGAUCUACACAUCAAGAUUUAUAUCUACAUGUAUGACGCCUUCACCCAUAAGCUGACGUCGCAAUACUCUCUCGCCUUUGAGAAAGCUUCUAUCAUCUUCAAUAUCUCUGCUGUUCUCUCGUGCUAUGCUGCCCAUCAAUCGAGAGCCGACGAAUCCGGCCUCAAGACGGCGUACCACAACUUUCAGGCCUCUGCAGGCAUGUUCACCUACAUCAACGAGAACUUUCUACACGCCCCCUCCUCCGACCUGAGCCGGGAAACUGUCAAGACGUUGAUCAGUAUCAACCUGGCGCAAGCGCAAGAGGUGUUCCUCGAGAAGCAGGUGGCGGACCAGAAGAAGAUUGCCCUGCUGGCCAAGCUUGCGAGCCAGGCGGCUUCUCUGUACAAGGAGGCAGUAGAGGGCGCCCAGGAGAAUGUCAAUAAAGGCAUUUUCGAGAGGGUCUGGCUCCUGAUGGUCCAGGUCAAAUCGAAUCUUCUAAGCUCCAUGGCCCAGUACUACCAAGCACUCACCGAUGCCGAGACUGGCCAAUACGGAACUGCAAUAGCACGUCUGCAACUUGCCGAGACCCAAGCCAAGGAUGCCGAUAGAUCAGCGAGCAACUUCCCUAGCAACUGCCCGCCAAGCUCCAACUUGACGUCGGAUACCGGCGGCAUCUUGGCCGAAUCGACAAAACGCCACGUCGCCACGGUGCAGGAAAAGCUUAGAGAGCUAAUCAAGGACAACGACUACAUCUACCACCACACCGUCCCUGCGGAGGCAAGCCUCGCCCCUGUCGGGAAGCUGCCAGCUGCCAAGCCGAUUCCCGUGAGCGAACUCUACGCUGGCCAGGACAUUCAGCGCAUCACGGGCCCGGACCUGUUCUCCAAAAUCGUGCCUUUCGCUGUCACGGAGAUGGCCAGUCUGUACGAUGAGGAAAAAGCAAAGCUCAUUCGAGCCGAGUCCGAAAAGGUUGACAUUGCAAACGACGAAAUGGCCGCAAGCUUAGACUACUUGAGGUUACCUGGCGCGCUUCAGGUUCUCAAGGGCGGGUUUGACCAGGACGUCCUCCCAGACGAAGACUUCAGGCAAUGGUGUGAGGAUGUUGCCAAUCACGAAAGUCCCACGUCGAUAUUUGAGCUACUUCGCUCAGAGAAGGAAACCAUCGUGUCCCUGCUUGAGAGGAACACGAAACAGCUCGACAUGGAGGAGGUUGUGUGUGAAAAAAUGAGGUCCAAGUACGAGAAUGAAUGGUCGCAGCAGCCGAGCUCCCGCCUUACCUCAACUCUCAGAGGCGAUAUUCGCAAUUACCGCGAGGCACUCGAAGAGGCUUCCCGAAGCGACAAUCAGCUGUCCAUCAAGCUGAGACAGAAUGAGGUUGAUUUUGAGGAGAUGCGUCAAGCAUCGCGGAACGGUGAGGUGGAUGCACUAUUUCGGCGGGCUGUGAACAAGGCGCGUUCCAAGUCUAGCAGCGCCGUCAGUCCCAUGGGGAACGAGCCGAACCUCCUGGACGCCGAUUUUGACGAAGGGGGCCCCUCUGUCGUUGAACAGAUCAAACUGGUGGAAGAGGUCAUGAAGAAACUGAAUCUCGUCAAGAGGGAACGAAAUCAAACCCUGAAGGAUCUCAAGGAACAGGUCCACAACGACGACAUUUCUGAAAUUCUCAUCCUCAACAAGAAGAAUAUUGCCAACUAUGAGCAACAGCUCUUCCAAUCGGAGCUCGAAAAGUUUCGCCCUCUGCAGAACCGACUGCUUCAGGCAAACCAAAAACAAUCAGCCUUCAUGAAGGAACUCAACUCGUCUUUCAAUACUCUACUCCAAGACAAGCGGGUUCGAUCUGAACAGAGCAAGUACGAGGUAAUCCAAAGGCAAAGAGCAUCGGCUAUCAACAGGUACAAGCGUGCAUACCAGGAAUUCCUCGACCUGUCGGCCGGCCUUCAGGGCGCGAAGCGCUGGUACGCCGAGAUGAAAGAGACGGUUCAAAGCUUGGAAAAGAACGUCGAGACGUUUGUCAACAACCGCCGAUCCGAGGGUGCACAACUUCUCAACCAGAUCGAACAAGACAAGUCGACUCGCAAAGACUCGCAUGCUGAGACUGAGCGCGAGCGCCUGAGAGGGUUGAUGGAGCGCAUGUCGAUGGACCCCAAUAGCUCUGGGCAGAAGCCACCUUCCAACAGGCCAAUACCCAGCCCAUUGAACUUCACUCAGCCGAACUCUUCUUCCAACUCGGUACCUCGAUACCCACAGGCCAAUUUCCAAGGCCAAUACCAGGUCCCUCAGUCGCCUCCCCCUACGCAGAGGAGCAUGCAACAGCAGCAGUAUCCCAGCUUCGCGGCACCCCCCAAUACGCAAUCUUUCACGCCGCAGUCUGCGAACACAUACGGCCAGCCUGCCUACAACCCAAGCCAAUACGGCCGCACACCGGGGCCUACGUCUCCACCCCCGCACCAGUCGACCUUCGGCCCCACAGUACUCCGGGGACCCGCGUCACCACCGCCAACUCAGACAUCCUUCGGGCAAAGUCAGCAACCGUACGGCGGCUGGUCAAGCGGCCAACAACCACAGCAGCAUAGCCACUCGCACAGCCUUUCCCAAGGCCAGAUGCCGCCCGGCUUUGUGCCGCCGCCUCCUCCCCCGGGCCCUCCUCCCCUGGGACCCCAGCAGACCUUUUACGGACAGCAGCAGCAGCAGCAGCAAAACAACCCGUCGAGCGCAUACCCGAACAGCGCUUACCCACAGAGCGGACAUCCAUCGAGCGCACAGCCGGGACAGGGUAACGACCCAUGGGCGGGGCUGAACGCGUGGAAAUAG